AUGACUACAAUGGAAACAUUAGGAAGCCUUCGUCCCGAGACAAAACAGUUCUUGGAUAUCUGCAAUCAAUACAUGAAAUGUCGCGAACUCAUGGAUGCCAAGUAUCAGGAGCAUCAAAAAGAAAAUGCUGCUGCUGUUAGUGCUAGCGAAAAAUCAUCCGACGUUUACUACUACUACUACUACUACUACUACUACUACAAAAGCGAGUUUCAGCAGCAAGCAAUCGAUGGUACACCUGUCAAAUCCUUGGCGGAACUCUAUGAGGCUGCCGAACAGGCCUUGCCUGUCUUUAGAGCAACCUUGGAGAGAAUUGUACAAAAAGUCGAAGCAACCAAUUCACUACUACAAGACAAUAAGAACAAAGAAGAAGAAGGGAAAAUUGCCAAAGUCACCAUGGCUCCAUUGAAAGGCCGAAAUCGAGCACAAGAAAAAGCAGAGGAUGACUACAUGGAUCGUGUUCCUGGUUCCGAAGUGACGUGGCUGUACGAUGUUUGCCGAGCCAGCAUGGAAUUCAACUCUGCGGAACAGCUCAUUGCUUGUGUUGACAUCAUUCAGAAGGAUCCUUCCAUUAACAUUGUCAAGGCGAAGAAUCGCUUUCAAAAUCCGACGCUGACGGGGUAUCGAGACAUCAAUAUUUGCAUCCAACUGGAUUGUUCUUGUAGUUCGGAACAACAACAACAAUAA